UGAGAAGAGAGACCCUUCAUCGGCACUGGAAAGGCUGCAAGAGCUGGCAUCCAGCAAAGGAGAGCUACAAGAACCAACAGAGGAGACCGAGAAGCAGCCGCCAUUGAUGAAGAAGGACCAAGCGAGUAUGGUGUCCUGGAGGCCACGGGAAGAGAGGGUUGCCAGGAGGAGUAUAACUAGGUCAGAUGCUGUAGGACGUGCAGAGCUGCCUGCUGUUCUCCGGGGCUGCCUGGAAUUCUACUGCAUCGACGCCUCAUGAUUCCUGAACAUUCGGUCCCUUCCCAAUGCUUUACAAGCAGGAUCACCACACACCCGAGCCCCUCGGACACCUGGACCAUGGACCCUGGGGAGUGCUCCUGCUUGUCCGGAGGAAUAUGCAUCUGUGGAGACAACUGCAAAUGCACAACUUGCAACUGUAAAACGUGUCGAAAAAGCUGCUGCUCCUGCUGCCCCCCGGGCUGUGCCAAGUGUGCCCAGGGCUGCAUCUGCAAAGGAGGCUCCAGCAAGUGCAGCUGCUGCCCCUGAAGGGCACCCGGCGUGCUGGGGUGCGGCCUGGGAAGCGUCUGUACAGAGCAUUAGUGGAGAAGUUGAGAUGAGUGUACUUUUUAUAUAUUUGCCCAACGAGGUGUUGGUGACAUUCAUGUAAAGUGUUGGAGCAAUAAAGUUUCCAUUCAUGGUU